AUCCCACUUUUUACCAGGAAAAUUAACAAAGCGGAAGAUCGUCUUUCGUGCAGUACUUGUGCAUUUCGAGAAAGCUACAUUUGAAAGUAAUGGUGAGAAAACUCUUCCCAGACCUCCUCUAGUAUCCAGAAGCCCCCAAUAAGGGCGUAUUGAUAGAUGUAGUAUAUCAUUAUAACUUGUAAUAAUGACAGAGAAGAAAUAACACUUAUUGUUGUUAAGAUUUAUUCCAGAGAGGCCAAUAGUGAACAUGGAUUUUACCUUGACCGUGACCUUGAAAGUUAUGACUAAAGUCAAGUCAGUAUUUGUAAGUGAUUUAGCUUAUUUUGGCUGACUGAGUAGUAAAGGAUUUUGCUUUAACUGAUUGGACAGUACUAUUUAGGGUCUGAAGCAGGCGCGGAUCCAGGGGGCAAUGGUGCCACUGCCUCUUCCCUAAGGUCCCAGAUUUGCAGAAAAAAAUCAAGAAAAAGGAAAGAAGGAGAGGAAGAGGAACGAAAAGAUGGAGAGGAUAGAAGGAAAGAAAAGAGAGGGAAUGAGGGAAAAUAAGAACGAAGUUGUGUCAUCUCAUCUGAGAGCAAACAGCUUGAUAAUACCCCCUGAAUGUAGGUAACCCACACUACUUGCUCCCAGAAGAUGUGAUGCUGGAUCCGCGCCUGAGUCGAAGUCAUCCUCCUCCACAUGUCUGUUUACUGUGCACAGGCAGAAGGGACCUAAAAAGUCUGUCCGACCAGUUAAAGCAAGACCCAUUACCACGCAGUCACUCAAAAUCAGAUACAUAAAUGUCAAAUGGGAAGUCUCACUUGAAACAAUUGGCUUGACCUUAACCAUAUCAUUCAAGGUCACUGACACGACCAAAUCCAUGUUCACCAUUGGCCAAUGUGGAAUAAAUUUUAACAACAGUACGUGCUAAUUUUUCUCUGUGCAUGUUACAUGUUACAAUAAUCAUCUAUCAAUACGCUCGCUUCUAGAUUCUAUAGGCAGUCGGGAAAGCGGUGUCCUGAUCAUAACCUCCAAGUCUUACAUCUUCGAAGUGCUCAAGGACUAAAUGAAAGUCGAUAUUUCGCUUUGUCAAUUUUCCUGUUGACAAGUACGAUGUUUUAAAAAUUUACUUGAUGAUAACCUCAAGGACACUGUCAAUGUCAAAUCCAUUAUCACCAUUGACCAGUCUUUGAGAUAUUCUAGCCAAAGUAUGUUUUACUUUUUUCCUGAUAAUAUUUUAUGUUUAUGUUGUCCUCCAAUAUCGAUUAAUAGUCCCUAUUUGGGGGUUUCUGGGUUCCAUAUGGGGAAACGGAGGGGCGUCAGGGAGUUGUACUAAUUGGGACUUUUGAUCGCCGUGUUGAAAACUACCUAUAUUCGAAGUUUCAACAAAUUUAGCCGAAAGCCAUUUUCGAUAAGGAAACUGCCGGGUUCCUUUAUAGACAUCAAAAUUAACUACACAUUCAGAAAGCUACAAUAGAAACACCAGAUUUGAACCUAUAAUUUCAAAACGUUUAACAUGUAAAAUAAUUGUUGCGUGAAACAUUUUCAAAAUUAUACCUUCUGAGUAAAAGUCAGUUUUAAAAACUAAAGUAAUUAUCUAACCAUCAUUUUGUUUUUUGACAGUGGGAUAAGGUACAGAUUUGAAGGCAACUCAAAGGGUAAAUAUAAUUUUUGACAAAGAAAACCAGUAGUAGGUGGGUAUUAGGGCUUAAAGUUUUCAGGUUACGGAUUUUCCACAUUUUUCGUGCGAGUACUGAUCUUUGUCCCUUCGUUCUAGAGCUAAACCUUCUGCAUCCUUGUCUUACUUAAAAUUUAUAAAAACUUGACAAUUUAAUUUUAGGUUGAAACAGUUGGUCAGAUAUACAUGGUAGCCAGUGGUGCCCCAGAAAGGACAGAAAUGCACGCACAAAAUAUUGCAGAAUUGGCUUUAGCAAUGCUUGAGAGUAUUAGAGAUAUCAAAACGCCAGAUGAUCACGAGGUGGAAAUAAGGAUUGGUGUUCACUCUGGACCAGCCGUUGCAGGUGUCGUAGGUAUUAAAGUACCAAGGUACUGCUUCUUUGGUGAUACAGUAAAUACAGCUUCUAGGAUGCAAUCCACCAGUGAGCCAGGAAAAAUCAAUAUUACUGACAGUAUGCAUACUUUGUUACCGCCUGACAAGUUUAUAACCGAAAGUCGUGGAACAGUUAAUCUCAAGGGAAAAGGUGAAACUCCUGCCUACUGGUUGGUAGGAAUGAAAGGUUAAUGUUCGAUAUUUAAUCACCAAUCCAACUACCAGAUACUAUGGGAUGCGAUGGACAGGGGUAAAUAAUAUGCUGAUAUUUGGAAACAUGUAUUAUUAAAUUAGUUAAAUACAUAAAUAAACUUAGCAAUAGCAGGC